AUGACGACUAGGAACGGGCAAAUCAAAAAUUUCACUUCGAAUUCCGGACCUCAACAUCCUGCUGCUCAUGGUGUUUCACGAUCAGUAUUGGAAAUGAACGGAGAAGUGGUGGAACGUGCGGAACCACAUAUUGGAUCACUCCAUAGAGGGACUGAGAAAUUAAUAGAGUACAAAACUUAUCUUCAAGCUUUACCUUAUUCUGAUCGUUCAGACUAUGUUUCUAUGAUGGCCCAAGAACACGCUUAUUCUUUAGCCGUAGAGAGACUUUUGAAUUGCGAGGUACCAUUACGAGCUCAAUAUAUACGAGUGUUAUUCUGUGAAAUAACUCGAAUUUUAAAUCAUUUACUUGCUUUAACUACUCAUGCUAUGGAUGUGGGAGCAUUAACUCCGUUCCUGUGGGCUUUUGAGGAGCGGGAGAAAUUGUUGGAAUUCUAUGAAAGAGUCUCGGGAGCCAGGAUGCAUGCCAGUUUCAUACGACCAGGUGGAGUGGCACAAGAUCUGCCUCUUGGCUUAUGUCGAGAUAUUGAUUCCUUCACACAACAAUUUGCUUCUCGUAUCGACGAAUUAGAAGAGAUGUUAACCGGCAACCGUAUCUGGAAACAACGAUUAGUGGAUAUUGGUACUGUCACUGCACAGCAAGCAAAGGAUUGGGGAUUCAGUGGUGUAAUGUUAAGAGGUUCAGGGGUAUGCUGGGAUUUGCGAAGAGCAGCACCUUACGAUGUUUAUGACCAAUUGGAUUUUGACGUACCAGUAGGUACCAGAGGAGAUUGCUAUGAUCGUUACUGUAUCCGUAUUGAAGAGAUGCGACAAAGUGUUCGGAUCAUUGUGCAAUGUCUUAAUCAAAUGCCUAGUGGCAUGAUCAAAGCCGAUGAUCGUAAGCUAUGUCCUCCAUCACGAUGUCGAAUGAAACUAUCCAUGGAAACCUCAAUUCACCAUUUCGAACCUUAUACAGAAGGUUUUUCCGUACCAGCUUCUUCUACCUAUACCGCAGUUGAAGCACCUAAAGGAGAAUUUGGUGUCUUUCUGGUCAGUAAUGGAAGCAAUCGUCCCUACCGUCGUAAAAUAAGAGCACCUGGCUCUGCCCAUUCACAAGGACUCGAUUCUAUGUCCAAACAUCACAUGCCAGCAGAUGUGGUCACCAUCAUAGGUACUCAAGAUAUUGUGUCUGGAGAGGUGGAUAGAUAG